AUGACUGCUUUGAAUCCAAAAUUUUCUGUCAACUGUUUUGACUUAGCAAUAUUAGAACUAAAUGAAACAAAUACCUUAACUCCGAGUUACUCGAGAACAAUAGAUUUGUGUGAAUCUGCUUUGAAAGUAGCAGCAAAAACAAUGACGAAGCUUCAAUCCCGCUUCCAACUUUGUAAUCUCAAAUUUUUCUUAACCAUCGCUUUUUCUGUUUACUUGCUUCAACCCGCAUCUGACAGAAAACCCUUUCUUUGUUCAUUUAAUUACAGAAUGAUAUAA